AUGUCGACAAGAACUGCAAACGAAUUGCUGUUGCGCCACCCUCAGCAGAGGUUGGAGUCUCCUUCGAGGGGAAUUAGUGCUGCUUUACACCUUCUGGGUCUGGCUAGUUUCGCAUACUCUUUCUGGUGGCUGGAGGCAAACCCAAACCCUGUCAAUGAAUCCUAUGGCCGACACUUCCAACACUUGACCAUCCUGGGUCUGAGUCUGGCCACCUUGACCUUUGUGAUUGGACUUCUCGCAGACAUUACCAUGUCUACACGUUUGUUCAAGGUCAAGAACAUUCUUUCCGUCACUAGUGCACCCAUAGAAGUCCUGAUCAGCAUCUUAUACUGGGGUCUCAAAGGCAUUGACGAAUCUCUCGUUCUCCCAGACUGGGCUCCCAGGAUUCCAUUCGGCGCGGACUUUUCUUUCCACGCUGCACCUUCGAUAGCACUUAUCUUGGAUCUACUCUUCUUCUCUCCGCCUUACACGGUCUCUGUCCUACCGGCUCUCGGCAUCAGCAGUGGCAUUGCCGUUUCCUACUGGUUCUGGGUUGAGGAAUGUUACCGUCACAAUCAAUUCUACCCGUAUCCCAUCUUCGAUGCCUUGGGCACGACUGGCAGGAUUGGCCUUUUUGCGGGUAGUGCAGUCGUCAUGACUUGCAGCACCAUCUCUCUGAAGUGGAUGUACAACCGCGUCAAUGUGCAUGCUCAGGAUAUUAAGAACAAGCCUAUGUGA